AUGGAUCUGAUCAAGCCAACGCUCAAUAAGCAGUUGUCGGGGAGGGUCGACGCGCUAGCGCUUCUGCUAACAUCCGAGCCAAAGUUUCCGAGGGUGCCAAUCGCCCGCAUCAACGCCCUCGCCGGCCAGCGCAAUAAUUUCGCACACAGUCAUUUCACGUUCGAUCCAAAUACCUCGGACCCGAUCACCAAAGGUAAAGGCGAGAUCAAGCGCUGGGAUGCAGCGGACAUCGAGCCCUUCAUGCGUGAGGCCCAUGACCUCCACAGCGAACUUUCGACCCUUGCGGCGUGGGUCGCCUUCGGCAGCACAGUGAGAAGACUGGUCUGGGACACCUCUGCCGUCGUGAACAUCAAGGAGCCAAACGAAGACGGCUAUUCACCUGGACUCAGUUUGUGGAAGGACCUUUCCGACAGCUGGAUCGAGGGGCCGUACAAAAACCUGAUCCCCGCGAUAAGUGCCUUCGAGGUAUCCCAUGCCAUCUCUCGCAAGCACGAGAAGGGCAUCAUGACGCUGCGAGAAUUCUGGAUCAUGGGAGAGAACGAAACCCUGUAUCCCGUUGACCAAGAAUUUAUCGGUAGGGCUACGGGGGCCGAUCUUGUCAUUGCGUGCAUCGCGGCAGUCGAGGAUGCGUGGCUCAUCACGCUCGACAACCACUUUGACGCAAUAUCUGAUCAGAUCACAGUCAUCAACCUCAACGACAGCCGAGAUACGGCGAACUAUCGGAAGCGGUUCCGCCUAUGA